AUGUUUCAUCGUGCUUGUAUCGAGAAUCUGCUUAAUACAAAAUCCAAGACUGAUGAUCAAAGAGAUGAUGUAGACUAUGUAACAUCAACAUUGGAUAAGAAUAAAGAUAGUUCAAGCAAAGUUUCUUCAUAUACAAAGCAAAUAGAUGAAGACCGAUGGGAGUGCAAAAAUUGUUCUGCGAAGAAUUUAACUUCAGAAAAACGAUGUCAAUCAUGUGCUAAAUCACGAGUUACUCGUCACUCAUCCACAGUUGGCUCCUCGUACACAACAAUUGCUGAAGAACAAUAUGGCCACUCAUCAUCGUCAAGUGCAUCCAAAACAACUGACGACCACACCUUCGCAAAAUCAUCCAAAAAGGGCAACGAAUCAGAUGAUGGUGAUCAAUCGUUCGUACCUCAUAAAAGAUCAACGCCAUCAACACAAAAAAAAUCAAUAGAACCUCGCGCUUCAUCUCCAUCUUCCCCACAACAUGCAAGUAUGGUUUACAUAUCUGAUCUGCCAUCGGACAUAAAAGAUAAUUAUGAAUUGGAAACAUUAGUUUGUCGUCGAAUAGAAGAUCUUCUUCAGCUCAAACCGAAAAAGGUGAAAUGUUAUUCAAAGUUAGGUAUCGGUGUAAUUUAUGUAACUGAUAACCAACUUAAAGAUCGCUUACUAAACAAAAUUGGCAAACUCGCCUUAGAUCCAAAAGAAGGAAAAUAUUUUAUUACAUUUGUUGAAACCAUUGAGCUUAUUUCGUACAUUGUGCUUAACGUAACAGACGAGUUAAAAGAUAAAGAAUUACCAACUACAAAAGAGAUCUCUCGUCGUUGGGUCGAAUUGCAUAAAGGAGAGAAGCCAUUAUCCUGUAAUAUCUUAAAUGCACAAUUUCCAAAUAUCUAUUGUGUUGUUUCUUCCGCGUUAGAUGAACUCAUCGAUACUUCAUAUAAUGGUGUCUUCAGUAUAAAAAACUUUUUAGGUCAUAUUUAUUAUUGUGCAGAUUGUAGUUUCUUCGAAGAUUUACCUCGCACAAUUAAAAAAUCUCAUAUACAAGAAGCGAUUGCUGAUGCAAUUGGACAAUCAGAUCUUCCAUCCACUUCUCUUUGUGUUCAAAUCAACAGACACUCGGCCACUGCUUGCAUCAUUUCUGCUAAUGUAGCAAGAUUAUGGUCUACAAAAAGUUUCAUUAUUAUAGAUAAAAACACAUUACAAAAGAAGACCAAGCUUGUGUGUCGACUAAUUGUUCAUCCUAUUCCAAAAUCAUUCUCCAUUCAAAGUAUUAUUAAACAUCGAGAAUUUAAUAAUGCAGUAACAUAUCAUAAGCUUAGUGGCGAGCAUUUGAUUUUAGAAUUAUCUGAUAAAGAUGUUUUUGAACAAUGCUUAGGACGUGGCGCACUUCGUAUCGAUGACGAUCAUGUAGUUCACGUGAAUCUUUGUAAUACUUUAAACAAUCCGGAUGGAGGUGAAAUUGAUGAUGAUACAUGGUAUGAAAGAGAAAUGCUGGAAAUCAAGCCAGAUAUCAUGCAAUUUGUUGCCAAUCCUCAACAUAAAAUCUUUCGUUUUCGCUGGAAUUCGCACAUAUGGAACGAACAAUUUAAACGUGUAGCAUCACAAAAACGUGAUGGUGUUCAAGGUACUGCUCAUGAUCCAAAGAAUCCAACACCGGAUCAAAUACGUCAUUUACUUCGAGUAACUGUUAUGUUAAAUACACUUGCUGUAAUACGAAAAAGAAGUUACAUGAUUGAGGAUCAUGAAGUACAAUUGAAUUUGAAAAACGAAUUAAAGACCAUUGUUUAUGACCAUGAUUCAACACUAGAACGAAGAGAAAAGUUAUCAUUAACGAAGACACUGUAUCCUCGAACAGCUAUACGUGUGAUUCGAGGUGAUUGUCUUGUUGAAUACGGACGUAUGGUUAAAAUAGGAAAACGACCAGUUCUUCUCAACAUGGCUAGUUCAACAAGUCCUGGUGGUGGAUUUCGAAAAGGCGAUGGAGCACAAGAAGAAAAUAUUUUUCGUCGAUCAGAUUAUUGUCGCAGUCUUGAUAUUGGUCUUGAUGAAUUUCUAAAAGAACGAACAGAUCGUUUGCAUUGUUCUUCCGAUUGUCGUCUUGAUCGUAUCUCUGAUCCAAACAACAUGUAUCCAAUGAAUGAGUACGGUGCAAUCUAUACUUCAGGCAUAACAGUCUUUCGGCAAUCGGAGGAAACAGGUUAUGCUUUUAUGGAAACUCCAUUAGAAAAUGUCUGCGCAAUUGCAAUGGCUGCUUAUCGUGAUCCUGAGUUAAAAGGAAAUCUAUUAGCAUCUAAGUAUGCUGUUGGAACAAGGAAAAAGAUUGAAAAUAUUUUUGCCAUAGCUUAUCAUCACAAACAUGAUUGCCUUAUUCUGUCGGCAUUUGGAUGUGGUGCAUUUAAGAAUCCGCCUGAACAUGUUGCAAAACUCUUUUAUUCAGUUAUUGAACAGUACGCCGGUUUUUUUGACACGAUUAUAUUUGCCAUUGUUGAUGAUCACAAUACCGGUCGUCUUCUCAAUCCCGAAGGAAAUUUUCAACCUUUCGCAAGUAUCUUAGACAACCAGACUGUAGAACCGAGUACGUCAAUGAACAAACCAAAUACAAUGAUUGGUCCUUAUCGACUCUUGAGUGAUGGUUCAACUGUAGGUAAUAUUACUAUAUUUGAUCUGACACCUUGCAAUUACGGAGCUAAAUGCAUCGAGAUGCAUAAUCAUAACCAUGCCAAUAAAUUCUCCCAUCCACCUCUUUGUAUUUAUGCAGCUGUUCAGGGUAAAUGUAGAAAAACAGAUGAUACUGUUCAUACAAAUUCGUUCAUUCAUCGAAAUCAAUGCCGAGAUGGUGGUGUAUGUCGGCAGAUUAAUGAUGAAAAUCAUAAUCGAGAAUUUGAACAUCCAGACUACUGCCCAGAUGAAGGUAGAUGUCAAAAUCAGAAGGAGGAUCAUUUGAAACAAUUUCGUCAUUUACCUCUUUGUGAAAAAGCGCAUAAAUGUAUGGAAUAUCAAAAAGAAGUCGCCAGUCAUUGUAAUAAAUUCCGGCAUUGUGCUCCACGUUGUCUCCAUGGCGGUUUCUGCGUGAUGUUUCAUGACAAAAACCAUUUAGAUGAAUUUCAACAUCCUUUUUCCAAUCCUUGUCCACGAUCUCCGUUCGAUUGUACCCAUUACAUCCAGUUAGCAGGAGCAAAAGAUACUCGAAGUCUCCCGGACGCCACUCAAAGUCAUUGUAUAAAAUAUGCUCAUGUGUGUAAAAAUGGUCGCAACUGUACUGAUAAAACACCAUUACAUUUGUCUAAAACCAUUCAUAUUACCCGUCAUUUAUGUCCUUAUCAUGAUAAAUGUAGAAAUAUUAAUGACGAAGAACACUUAAAUUCCUUUACACACCCAAAUGUUCCUGAUAUUCGGCCAGCAUGUCCAUUUGGCGAUAAAUGUCAUGAUCUUCGAAAAUUUGAUCAUAAAGUUAGCUUUCGUCAUCCUUCAGCCCGCGAAGAUGGUAUUGUACAAUAUUAUGGUUCGAAUGAAAACACAAAUUUUGUACAGAAUCAGAAAGACAAUGUAGCAAAUGUCGAGGACUUUAUUUCAAAAAAUAAAUGGAAAUCCUUAUCGUCGGGAGCUAUUCCUCAGCAGAUUCUUAACUGGAUACGCACUGUACAACCCAUUCAUCGAUGUAGCCCAAUUAUAUUUGAAUCAAUACUUCUGCAUGGACAUGCAAUGAGUCGUGAAUAUAUGGAACAUUUGAAAGAUCCAACAUUUGUUGCUAAUUCCGUUUUGAAUCAUAGUCGAAUGCGACGUAUCGAAGAACUUAAAACAAAGACAUGUGAAGAGGACGCCAAACUAUUUGUGACCGCAUUGGUCGCAUUGGAAUUCGAAAAAAAUAAUUUUACUGCGGCAACUGUAGUUCCUCCAGCUUUGCUGGGAGCAGAGGUGGCCAAAGGAGCCACAUCAUAUUCUACUAAAGAAACCUAUGAACAUAUCAUUAGGAGAAAAGAAAAUAAACUAUCAAAAACAAUUUCAAAGAAUGAUCUAAAUGCCUUACGUACAAAAGCUAUUGAAAUUGCACAAGCUUCCAUUAAACUUCAUUCAGAUCCAGCUGGUAUUGGUCAUCCACCAGAUAAAGCUUUGGGUAACGAUAAACUUGUUUUUAGUAUCUUAGGACCACAUUUAGGUCAUUAUUACGGAGAUGUUAUUAUUGUUUUCAAACGUGAGAUUUUACAUCAUCCUGAUGCGAACUUUUCUGUUCAAGCAGCAACAUCAUUUGCUAGUGGAAAUGCUUAUACAUGGCGACCAUGGCUUGGUAAUGAUCCAAAGGAUGUAGCUGAACGAAUAAAACAUUAUCACAGAACAAAAUUACAUGCUUCUGUGCCAGGAUAUGAUUACGCCACUGCUCUGGAAUUAAUGGCCCUUGCUAGUCUUCGUAGAAAAUCAAAGACGAUGGAUAUUACUCUUCAAGAACUUCUUGACCAAUGGGUCAAAACUGAUUCACAUCAGAACAUUGAAGCACAUUUACCUCAACUUAUUCCACUUGAUUACAUUGAUCAUAUUUAUAUACCAAAAAAUCUGUUUAGUGCUCUCAAUGAGAAUGCACUUAAAGCAAUCGAUGCUGUUUUCAAACAUCGUAUCACCCUUGUAUCACACGAUGGUGAAGCCAAUCAUGAAAAAGGACCAUUUGGACCAACUCCCAAUUUGAAAUCACGAGUGGAUUAUCAAAAUUUUGUAGUUAAAGAAUUAAUUGACCAGUACAAGGAACAUACUGCUCGUUCAUUGUUGAACCCUAUUCAAGGUGUAGUUAUCACCAUACCCUCAUCAAGCUUUGAUGAUCACUAUGUUUUACCUCUGACCAUUUCUCAAGCAUAUACACAAUAUCGUAUUGAAAAUCAUCAUGUAUCAAAAGACAAUAUAACUUAUAUCUAUUGGAAAGCCAUGAAUGGAGAUCUGAUGUUGACUUUAUCCAAUGAAGAAAUCGAUCCCAAUGAGAAGCAACCAAAUCUUCGCUGUUUAAUCUGUUAUGUCGCUCCAAAACCUACAGCAAGUGAUGAUGAUUAUCAUGAACACACUUCCUACUUAGCUGCUGCACAUCCAUUUCAGCAUGACAUGAUUAUGAACAGGAAAUCAUACAAAGCCAAAUCAAAUACUUUCUAUCUUGGAUGUAAUAGCAGCGAUUUUAUGACAUAUUGUUUACAAAUUCAUCGUUCAACAGGAAAAGUUGUUCUUUCACAUGCCGGCCCCAAUGGAAUCUAUAAUCAUGAGGAAAUAUCGUGUACAUUUAGUAGAUCAGAACUCGAUUUAAGCAGAAUGGAAUUUAUUCAUGUCAGUGCUGGUACGCACUCAGUAUCUAUUCGAAAUUUGAUCAUCGGUUUCGAGAAAAAAUCUAGUAUGCAUCCAACAUUCGAUAAAGAUUACAAGAAAGAUACUUCUUCUGCAAAUGAAAAUAAAUCUAGCAAUGCACACUCUGAUGCCAACAAUCAUAAACGGCAUGAUGUUCAUCAGGGUGCGUCAUCAAGCGCAGCUGAUAAUAAACCAUCAAAAGAGCCAAGUAUUUUAACUAGAGUUAAGAACUUAUUCGUUGGAGAUGAUGAUACAUCGUUGAAGCCUUGUCCAAAUAAUGUCAAUUGUCUGAAACAAUAUUCAGAAGACGCAAAUGAUCAUAAUGCCAAAUACUCUCACCCAUGUCCUUAUUCAGAACUGUGUCGCGAGAAACAAUCGCAUCUCACUCACACUCAUGAACUACAUACAGUUCCGAAAUGUCGGAAUGAUGAAGCAUGCGAUAAAUUAGAUGAUCCUUUUCAUCGAGCUUCCUAUCGACACACAGGUCGACCUGAUUUUCUUAUUCCAUGUCGUCGACAAAAGGAAUGUCCAGAUAAAUCAUCCUCUCACAGAAAGAAAUAUUCUCAUGGUGAACAAGUCUUCGGAAAAUUACCAACAUCAGCCUCAGCAGUGGCAAGCAAACAUGAAGAAGACGAUGAUCAUGAUGAACGAACACCGUGCAAAUGGGGAGUUAGUUGUCACGACCACAAUACUGCGCAUCGAACAAAAUUUUCACAUCCUUCAGAUAAGAAACCACAUCAACCAGACAGUGAUAAAACUUCAUGCAAAUGGGGAGCAAAAUGCCAUAAUUCUGACGCUGCUCAUCGAGCAAAAUUUUCUCAUCCUAAGAAAUAA